UGACUAGAAUUGGUACAAUUGAGUAGCUAGACUACCACUCAUUGAACAUCCCCAAAUACCUGGAACCACACCAAAACAACAAGAGGAGAGGGAAAAAAGUUGAAGAGAUUAAAUGGGGAGCAAUACAGUGAUCGUCAAGUUGCCAGACAUCACAUGGAGUUUCUAUUGAACUUGAGAUUUGAUGAAUCGGUGUAUGACGAAAUAUUGCCAGUGUCGUUAAUAUCAUCACAGGAUAAAUUGUGGAACUUUUAUAAACCGUCAAAUAGAGUUCACUAUAUAAGGAAAACUGGACCCGGAAUAAAAUGUGGUUCCAGAAUUUUCUUUCCAAACAAGUCGGAUAAAGUGAACUCAAAACUCUUUGUGAAUUAUAAUCAGGUUGACGCCGGAUAUGGUUUUCAUCAAAAAAGAAACGUAACACGAAUGGCAUUGCCUGAGACAUCCAAUAAAAAGAAAAUUCACAGUAAACCAAAAUCAUGUAACCAGGAAUUGGACAAAUUUGGCGUGAAAGCCACCAUGAAUUGCACAAAGGUAAUAUCAAAAAUAAAUUCACAAACAAAACUGUCAGAGUUUCAUUUUGAUUUCUUGAAUAUCCCCACACUGAUAAACUGUGAAAGUCAAUCUGAUAGCUAUUUCGCGGAUAAUUUUGAUAAAACAUCAAAAAACUAUAAAUCAGAGUGCUUGAACUUUGAAGAUUCAUUGAAGUUUAGGAAAGCUUUGAAGGAGGAGUUAUAUAGCAAUCUUUUUGAUCAAACAACUAUGAAAUCUGAAUUAAAGAACGCUUUGUUUCACUGGGCUACUGAAUGUGGAAUCGAAAUCAGAAAAUUUUCAUCAAAUGAAAUCGAUAGUGUUUUUAACCAGUUAAAUAUAAUAGAUGCAAAGAUUCAGUUGCAAACAAUUGUCUCUAUAGGAAUUUUUGAAGCAAAUCCAAACAGUGAACAGAUUGCUAUUCUCCGUGGUUUCCUUUUGCGCAAUAAUCACGAAAUUGUUUUAGCUACUUGCUUGUGUCUUAAUAUAAUAGGUUAUUCUAAUCAAACAUGUAUUGAAAAACUAAAUACUUUGAUCACAAUGGAUCAAAGCUUAUUAUGUAUGAAAUCAUCAAAUAACAAAAUAUCAUCUGCAUCUUUGAAUCUAUUGAAAUGGGCAUCAUCAAUUUGUUUAUGUAAAUUAGAUCAAUGUAAUUUAAAAGCAUUGGAUAUUUUAACUAAUCUUCUAUUUGAUCAGUUAAUUCAAUUUAUUCCCGAACAAUAUCCAAACAAAGCUUACUAUACUCAAAUGAAAGAGUUCAGUGAUUCAUUGAAUAAAUCAUUAAAUUUAGAAGAUAAAUAUAUGAACUCAUUUGUUUCGAUUCUUUCCAAUCUCAUAAAAUUUGAUAUAAACAAAUCAAAUAUCUUUUUAAAUAGAAUUAUCUACUAUUCUGAAAUUAAGAUGAUUUUACGUCUUAGUAAGAAUCAUUCACAAAUUGAACAUUACUUGACUGAUUUUUUGAAUUCACCAAAUUGGAGAAUAAGAUUAUGUUCAUGUUGGCUUCUAUCCAUUUUAUUGUGUGAUUUAAGUAAAGAUACACUUACAAGAGUAAAUCGUCUUAUGCUAUUAGAUUGGAAUACUAUGUUACGGAUAGCUUCACUUCAUUGUCUGGAGAUAAAUUUAAAAGGGAUAGAUGUAUCUUUAUUAUGGUCAAAUCGUUUAUUCAAUGACCCAUUUUUGUCAAAUGAUAACAAUAGUACUAUAAUAAAUAAAAUAAUUCAUGACUUAUCUAUAACCCCUAAAUCAAUCCCUUAUCGUCGUGCUCAGAGAAUAUACCAAUUAGCUGUGAAUGGUCUUUCACACGAUGAUUUAAUCAAACAGCUUCAUUUGGCUUUAAUGGAUGAAUGUAGUUGUGUACGUAAAAUGGCAUGUGUUAUCAUUGAGCAACAGGACGUAGCUACAAAAACAGUCAUUUUUAAUGAAUUGCUUAACAUUUUAAAGAAUGAUAUGAAUGAUAACGUUAAAAUAAUGGCUAUAAGAGCUUUGAAAACAAUAUCUGGUUCUAAUAAAGAUAAUAAAAAAUCAGAACAAGUUCAAAAUGUUUUAUAUCAUGUUAUUCAAUCUGAAUUCAAUCCAUCUAUCCGACAGAAAAUAUUUCAUCUUUUAUUAUGGUUUAUUCAAACACGUUUUAUAAUCUAUGAUACAAGUGAACAUUUAAUGAAUAAUGAAAUUGAUAUUUUAGCUAAAACAUUAAUUCACAAUGAAUAUAAUUCAUUAAAUGCAAAAAUAAUAGAUUUUAAUGAAUUAUUUAAUAUACAAAAUGAUAUGAUAGAAUCUAUUUUAAAUUAUGAAAAUGAAUGUGUUGCUAUGGUGAAAAAUUAUUCUAAUUUAUUACGUAAAAUAUUUGUACCAAACUAUAAUAUGUUUAUUAAUGAUAAAGGGAAUCAAAUGAAAUUAAAAAAUUGCUUUCAAUGUCAUCUUUAUUAUUUAUAUAAUUUUUUAAGAAAAUCUUUAAAAUAUGAAAACUGUGAAGAGAUUCAAUGUGAAUUAUCUACUAUGAUAAAACCAUUAUUUGAUCAAAUAUUAAAUGAAGCAAAUAGAAAUGCAACAGAAAAUUAUGAUUAUUCAUAUCAUGAUGAUACAGAUUUAUUAAAAUCAUUAAUGAAUGAAAAAUGUAAUGAUAUAGUGAAAAUUUGUUAUGAUAUUAUACAAUAUUCUUAAAUAUAAUAAUCAAAGUAUA